CGCCCAACAAGCCAAGUACUGCUACGGUAGUGGCGACAAGACGUUUGGUUUGUUCAGUUGCUAUUUAAUCUAAUUUUGCUGUCUUGUCACGCGCAACUUGGAAAACUUCGAGAUGGAUCAAGACAAUUCUGAGGAUGAGUCUGUAGGACCAUCAGAGGAUCCUUUAGAAGAGGCACCACCAUCUCUUCCUCCAGGACUUUCGGACAGUGAAGCAAUGGAACUGCUGUGGCAAUAUCGAGCCCAGCGUCGCCAGUCGUCACCUGAACUCCCAGAGACAGUGACUCGUCUUAUUUCCCCUGAUGGCAGCCUGCUGUACCUGGUGGGCACUGCCCAUUUCAGUGACAGCAGCAAAAGGGAUGUGGCUACGACGAUCCAUGCUGUGCAGCCAGAUGUGGUUGUUGUGGAGUUGUGCCAGUACAGGGUGUCCAUGCUUAAGAUGGAUGAGAAUACAUUGCUGAGGGAAGCCAAAGAGAUAAACCUUGAUAAGGUCCAGCAGGCCAUCAAACAGAAUGGCUUGAUGUCUGGCCUGAUGCAGAUUCUCCUGCUCAAAGUUUCCGCUCACAUCACUGAGCAGCUCGGCAUGGCCCCUGGAGGGGAGUUCAGGGAAGCCUUCAAAGAGGCUGGACACGUGCCAUUCUGCAAGUUUCAUCUUGGAGACAGGCCCAUCCCUGUGACGUUCAAGAGGGCCAUUGCUGCUCUCAGCCUAUGGCAGAAGGCCCGUCUUGCCUGGGGUCUUUGUUUCCUUUCAGACCCAAUCAGCAAAGAGGAUGUCGAGAAAUGUAAACAGAAGGACCUGCUGGAACAGACUAUGUCAGAGAUGAUUGGAGAGUUUCCAGCUCUUCACCAGACCAUAGUGGCUGAGAGAGACAUCUACCUCACCCACACGCUGCGCCAGGCUACACGCUGUGUGGAGGCUCCUCCUAAUGCCCAGAAAGUGCCUGCUGUCGUGGUGGGAGUUGUCGGAAUGGGUCAUGUGCCUGGCAUUGAAAGAAACUGGGAUAAGCAUCUCAACAUCAGUGAAAUCAUGAGUGUUGCGCCCCCGUCUCAGUUUGGCUGGGUUUUGCACGCGGUCGUUAAAGGUGUCAUGAUGGGAAUGCUGGGAUAUGUCUGCUACCGUGCUGGAGGGAGUUUGGUUCAAGCCCUGUGGUCUUCAUCUGCUGUCCGAUCAGUUGUGGACAAUCUACGACCAUCUCCUGUUUGACCUCACAGGUCAGCUGAAAGCCAUCACUGACCGGCACAUUAGUUUCAUGAAAACAGUUCAUCUUUUACCAAUGGCCUUAAAAAAAGGAGUUGUGACUGAAAGGAAUGGUUGCUCAGCGAACAAGGACCUCAGGGUGGCACGACAUUUUGAUAUGACACGCCAAUGGACAUUGAAGGGCCUUACUCCCAAAGAAACCUACACAGGAUUGUUCUGUCAUUUUGUGAAAAGGCUUUAUUGUGUAAGGUUUAAAAAAUACCAAUACUGUGUUCUGAAUGAUUCAAAGUUUACUACUUUUAAAGAUGAAGGGAAUUUAAUUUUAUGGUUAGUCAAAUUCCAUAAGGAAUCAUCCUCAGCCAAAUGCGCUGGCAAUAUUUCCAUAUGAUUUUCUCCUUCUCUUUUCUUAGUCAAUUCUCCUGCCAGUUGGCGAUAAUUUUUUAUAUAUAAGUGGCUGAGGUAUGGAAACAACUAUAAUACCAAAUAGAAAAAUAAUAUACUGACCAUACUUUUUUUUUUUUUUUUUGCAACUUGCUUUUACAUCAUGGGUACAGUGAGUUGUGUGAUAAAUUCCUACCAAAUUGAUUUACUUGGCAUAUAUUUGUAGACUUAGAUUGGCAUCCUCAAAAAGUUUUUCAUGUUCACAAACCUGCUUAUGCUUACAAGUGCCUCUCAAUGCAUCAGCAAGUAUAUGAUUAUUAUUAUUGUUUUUUUUUUUUACAUAUUUCUAAAGGCAUAUUUUGUAAAUAGUUAUUUUAAAUGUAGACUUUCAACAUCUGAUACAUAGAUUUCAAUAGAACCAGUGCCAUGGCCCCUACAUUCAAUUGAGACUCAUUGCAGGUAAGGCUUGUGUUCCUCAGGGUUAGUAAGGUAUUAAUAAUAAUCCCCAUCAUUGUCGCCAGCACAAACCAACAGGACUAUUAAUAUAAAGUGCCCAGAUUCUGGCAUUGAUUGUUUGAAGUUCAUUUACUGAUUUUGUGUGUGCAUGUAGUCAUCUUUAAAGCCUGCACAAUACAGCAUCUACAGUAACAAUCAAUUCACCAGCUUUGUUCUGCAAUGCAUAUAUGUGAAUGUCAACCAAUACUGUAUAAUCGCCUCUCAGUAGAAUGCAAACUUAGCUACUCUGUCUGUGCAGCUUUUGAUCAUUUCAAUGAAUUGUACCCAUAAUACAGGUGAUGUCACAUUGAACUAAAA